CAUCUGUAGACUAUAGAGAGUUCGCCGCUUAUACUUUAUAAAAUAACUUUUGUGUUGAUAUUCUUGCUAGUCUAAAGUUACAAGUUUUAUUUGUCAAAAGUGUAGAUUUUGAAAGUAUAAAACAUGGAACAUCAUGGACUGAAAACAAGAAUGAAAGAAUCAUUUGACAAGUUUCGACAUUCCAAUCGACUUGCUGUUUUUAUAGUGCAUGCCACAUUGAUGAUAGAUUAUAUACUGUUAACGUGUGUAGUUCCUAUACUUCCGGAGUACCUCUUUCAUGAAAAUACAGACGUACAUUUGCCGAAUGGUGAAAUUGAUUCAACUACUUCUCUAGAUGAUGUACGCCCAACAGAAUCUCACUCAACGCAAACCAGAAUUGAUUUUGGAAACUAUACUAAAACGCUUGGAUGUCGAGAGAGUCGUAGUAAAGAUAUUUUAGAAAAGGAAAAUCUCUUUCUUGGAUUUCUCCUGGCGUCGAAACCUUUCACUGAAGCAAUCGCAAAUGUUGCUGUGGGUCCUCUAACUGAUAGAAUCGGAUAUGACGUUCCGAUGUUUGCAGGAUACAUCAUUUAUAUUUUCUCAUCAAUAACUUUCGCUUUUGGGACGACGUACGCUGUUUUAUUCUUUGCCCGUGCUUUGCAAGGAGUUGGGUCUGCGUUGGCGACAACAUCAGGACUGGCAAUGCUUGCAAGCCGAUUUCCGAAUGAUGAAGAAAGAGGCAAAAUGAUUGGAAUUGCUUUGGGAGGGUUGGCAUUGGGCGUUUUGAUUGGUCCAAGUUUUGGUAGCCUAACCUAUGAAAUGGCAGGAAAAUCCACGCCAUUUCUUGUUCUUGCUGCAGCAUCAUUCUUGAUAGGUUUUCUUCAAUUAUGUUCUCGCCAGUUGCAGAUUCAAAAUGCGACUCAGCAUAAAGCACUAGAUUUGUGUAAUUCAAAAACACUGAAAGAUCCAUAUAUCUUGUUGGCUGCAUCAGCAAUCGUGUUUGGAAACUUAUCAAUUGCUGUUAUAGAAACUGGGCUACCUACUUGGAUGAUGACGACUAUGUGUGCUAAAAAGUGGAUGCUUGGCGUGGCCGCUCUUCCAUCAAGCAUUUCGUAUUUAUUAACAACUACAAUUGUUCCGAGAGUCUUCGGUGUUGAUAAAAGAUGGCUUAUUUGUUUUGUUGGUUAUUUUUUAGCAGCGCUUGGAUCUGUAUUAUAUCCGCAAUCUAAGACGUUUUUCCACUUAUUUGGACCAGCAACUUUAAUCGGAACUUGAGUUGGAAUGGUGGAUGUAACCAUAUUGCCAAUAAUGGGAACUUUAGCCGACAUGAGACACGCGUCAACCUACGGAGUCGUUUAUUCCAUUGCUAAAACUGGUUUUUGUAUGGCAUUUAUCAUAGGUCCCGUUGUAGCUGGCACAGUAAUACGCCUUAUUGGGUUUACUUGGUUAAUGUAUAUUGUUGCAAUAUUGAAUAUCGCAUUUGCUCCUUUUGUAUGUUUACUGCGAAAGCCCUCGCAAUUGGAAGAGGAGCACCAG